AUGACUGCCAACGUAUCUAUCCUCCCCAAGUCCAUCCUCGGACGACACCGACUGCUAUCUCCCACGGCAGGCGUGCACGUUAGUCCACUAUGUCUAGGGGCUAUGAACUUCGGGACAGCAUGGACAAGCAUCAUGGGCGAAUGUAGCAAAGAGACAGCCUUUGAACUGCUCAACUACUUUUAUGACAUGGGCGGUAAUUUCAUCGAUACUGCCAACGCCUACCAAGGCGAACAAUCCGAGAUAUGGCUAGGCGAGUGGAUGGCUCAACACCCUUUCAGGCGCGACGAAAUGGUCAUUGCCACAAAAUACACCACAGCCUACAAGAUCGUAACGGAGCCUCAUCUGCAACAAUCGAAUUUCGGCAGCAACAACACCAAAUCCCUCGCUCUCAGCGUCGAGGCUUCGCUCAAGAAAUUGCAGACGCAUUACAUCGACAUCCUGUACGUGCAUUACUGGGACUUUACCACGGGUGUAGAAGAAGUCAUGCAAUCUCUCAACCACCUCGUUGCGCAGGGGAAAGUAUUAUAUCUGGGCGUCAGCGAUACGCCGGCAUGGAUCGUGGCGAAAGCGAACGCCUAUGCGCGACAUCACGGGUUGAGGGCGUUCAGCGUGUACCAGGGGAGAUGGUCCGCUGCGGAACGUGAUCUAGAAAGGGACGUUGUGGCGAUGUGUCGAGAUGAGGGGAUGGGGAUCGCGCCCUGGGGAGCUUUGGGAGGAGGAUACUUCAAGCCAACUGGCUCAUCGGCCACGAAGGAAGGAGGAGGUCGAAAUCUCCCGACAACGCUGACGGGCAAGGAGGAACAAGUCAGUCGUGUUCUCGAGAAAGUUGCGAACGCUAGAACCCCGGCCGUGCCCCUGACGAGUAUUGCGCUCGCGUACGUCAUGCACAAGACGGCGUAUGUCACGCCUAUCGUUGGCGGAAGGAAACUGGAGCAUCUUAAGGCGAAUGUCGAGGCUCUUACAAUCAGAUUGACGGAUGCGGAGAUCGAGGAGAUAGAUGGUGCAUAUCCAUUCGACAUGGGCUUCCCAUUGAAUUUUCUUGCUUUGAGCCCAAAGGGCGUGAAGGGGCCGGAGGAUGUGAUCAUGACAAAACGGAUGGGACAUUUUGAUUUCGUGAAGGCGCCGCAGCCGGUUCUACCGCCUUUAGGGGUGGAAAAACUGAGCCAAGAAGAGAAGGCGAAAGUAAUGGGGUACAUGGUGUCAUGA